ACAGAAUGUGUAAAUGCAUUUAUUACUACUUAUACUAAAAUGUAUACUUCUGUUUCCAUCUUUUAAUUGGCUCAAGAGGGUGACAUACUGUAUGUUUUACUCCAUGGGAUAAAGGCUUCCAGUAAGCUUAGUUCAUUUCACUUGGAAAGCUCUGGAGCUUCAUAUGGUGCUCUGCUCGGUAAGCCUCUUAGGAAUCACGUCCACAGCAGAUGUAGGGAGAAUGCCAAUCAGGAGCUCCUGCUGAGCGGAGAAACCCGACGGCUGUGCCACUGCGCGCUUCAAAUCUCUGCCACGGUUCACACGAAACGCACCCAAAUAUCGUUUGUCGCUUUGUGUUUGCACUUUACAAACCUAAACAGCAGCAGAAACUCGUGAGCUGUACAGAAGAUGGAGCGCGCAGGGAGUCUCCACCGACUCUGAACCGUCAGACUACUAAAACCAAUCGUUCCCUGUCAUAACGCAGAGCCAUGCUUCCUCAGGAUGUUGGGAAGCAGAAGCCACGACGUGUGUCGGAACCGAUGUGCGGGGGAGACGGCCCCCCGAUCCCCCCUCGGCGCUUAAAGAACCGGGACUUCCCUCUGAGCGUGAAGCGGCGGCGGUCCGGCUCCGCACCUGAGCGCAAGGUGAACUGCGUCCUGGUUGGAGACGGAGCGGUGGGCAAGACCAGCCUCAUCGUCAGCUACACCACCAACGGAUACCCGACAGAAUAUGUUCCAACAGCGUUUGACAACUUUACCGUGAUGGUUGUGGUUGACGGGAAACCAGUGAGGCUGCAGCUCUGUGACAUGGCUGGACAGAAAUGGGGGCUGGUUGAUGGAUCAAUCAAUGACGAGCUGGAGCGCUUCCGGCCGCUGUGCUACAAGAACGCCGAUGUCUUCCUUCUUUGCUACAGCGUUGUUCGCCCCUGCUCCUUCCGCAACCUGAUCAACAGGUGGGUUCCCGAGAUCCGUCAGCACUGUCCCGGUGUUCCUCUGGUUCUCGUGGGCACCCAGCUGGACCUGAGGGAGGACGUCCAGGUGCUGAUUCAGCUGGCACAGAACCAGGAGCAGCCGGUGGGCACCGAGGAGGGCCAGCAGCUCGCCCAGGAGCUCGGGGCAGUGGGCUUUGCAGAGUGCUCGGCGCUGACCCAGAAGAACCUGAAGGACGCUUUUGAUUCAGCCAUCCUGGCCAGCAUUCAGCUGACAGACAGUUGUAGCGUCCAGCAGCAGAGGCUGACUCUGAGGAAGAAGACGCCCGAUAAGAUCAAGAGCCUCUCGGAGACCUGGUGGAGGAACAUCAACUGUCUGAUGGGAGAGCAGAGCUGUGACUUCAAGUGAACAGCUGCAUAAUAAAAAAAACUGGGUCAGAUCAUGUUUGCAAAAGGUGCCAGUUGGGGGCAGUGGGGGGGGGAUUAUCACCACACAGGAUGACAUUACAGGAUCAGCAAGUUUAGAAUCAGAGCUCAGAAAGCCCACAAGUUGUCAGUUCAAAUCCCCAGGCUGACAGGCAAAGUCUGGGUGGGAAAAUGUACACGCGAUGAUUACGAUGGUUACGAGGAGCACUACACAGCCCGUAAACACAGUUGUAAAACGUCCUCUGUGGCUCUGCUAGAAGAUUUUCAAAGACUGACAGCUGCUCACUUGUGUUAGGCUUUAAAGUGAUGGCGUGAAGUCUUGGUUACCAAUAGGGAAUUGAGAGUUUGAAAGCUUUUACCAGACAGGGAGGUUUUUUUAAGAGAUACUAUCGAAUUGCAUUUUGGGAAGUGUAGUAUAUUAAGAUUUCCGAGCUCAAGUCAGAAAAUCUUGGCCUCUGCUGCUUCAAUAUUUCCUAUUCUCUUUUUCUAUUUGUCUCUCACAAGUCCCCUGACUUAAACAGAAGUAUAAUUUCUGGAGUAAAACUCAUCAGUGCAAUUCUCGGAACCUCCAGCUGCUAAAUUAGUGUUUGAUACAGUCGCUGUUCUGGCCUGCAGGUUCUGAAACGGAUUCAACCUUUAAAAUGAAACCAAGGCGACAAACUGCUGUGUGAAAUACUUUGUACAUAAAAUGAACGUUGCACUUUG